AUGUCUGAAAGAGAUUACGCACCUUUAAGUACAGCUUGCGUUCGCGGGCUGUGUGACAAACUUUAUGAAAAGAGGAAGUUUGCUGGCGUCGAAAUAGAAAAAAUGGUAAAAGACUUCAAUGAUGCGAACAAUACUAAUCAGAUAAAGAAGCUGAUUCGGGUUUUAGGCCAAGAUUUAAUGUCUUCUACUAAUCCUAAUGUGAAAAAUGGUGCCUUGAUGGGCUUAUCGUCUGUUGCUGUUGGUUUAGGAAAGGGCUGCACUGUGUACCUCAGUGAGCUGCUGCACCCAAUAGUGGCAUGCGUGAGCGAGGGCGAGUCUCGCGUGCGUUACCUGGCAGCCGAAGCGCUAUUUAACGUAUUAAAAAUAGCUCGUGGUGCUUCGCUUUCACACUUUCCACUUGUGUUUGAUGCCCUAGCACGCCUUGCCUCAGAUCCAGAGCCUCAAGUACGUCAGGGUGCCGAACUGCUUGAUCGCCUUGUAAAGGAUAUAGUGACAGAGAGUGGCGCAUUCGAUGUGUCUGCAUUUGUGCCACUGUUACGCGAGCGACUGUACGCGCGCGGCGCGUGCGCGCGGCAGUUCGCAGCCGCCUGGGUGUCGGCGCUGGACGCACUGCCCGCGCUGCCGCUGCUGCCGCACCUGCGCGACCUGCUCGACCCCAUGCUGCACAUGCUGGACGAGCCGCACCCGGAGAUCCGCCGCAUGUACGUACCUCCACACUGCUCACCACCCGCACCCGGAGAUCCGCCGCAUGUACGUACCUGCACACUGCACACCACGUGGGUGUCGGCGCUGGACGCGCUGCCGCGCUGCCUGUGCUGCCGCACCUGCGCGACCUGCUCGACACCAUGCUGCACAUGGGAACGAGCCGCACCCGGAGAUCCGCCGCAUGUACGUACCUGCACACUGCACACCACGUGGGUGUCUGCGCUGGACGCACUGCCGCCUGCCGCUGCUGCCGCACAUGCGCGACCUGCUCGACCCCAUGCUGCACAUGCUGGACGAGCCGCACCCGGAGAUCCGCCGCAUGUACGUACUUCCACACUGCGCAACGUGGGUGUCGGCGCUGGACGUGUUGACCGCACCUGCGUGUCUCUGCUCGACCCCAUACUGCACAUGCAGGAACGAGCCGCACCCGGAGAUCCGCCGCAUGUACGUACCUGCACACUGCACACCACGCGAGUGUCGGCGCUGGACGCACUGCCGCUGCUGCCGCACAUGCGCGACCUGCUCGACCCCAUGCUGCACAUGCUAGACGAGCCGCACCCGGAGAUCCGCCGCAUGUACGUACUUGCACACUGCGCGUGGGUGUCGAUGCUGGACAUGCUACCGCACCUGCGUGUUCUGCUCGACCCCAUACUGCACAUGCUAGACGAGCCGCACCCGGAGAUCCGCCGCAUGUGUGAAGUUCAACUCAACGAAUUUUUAAGAAGUAUUAAGAAGGACCCAUCGCAGGUUGACUUUCAGUCGAUGAUCAACAUACUUAUAACACAUGCACAAUCUCCAGAAGAACUCGUGCAGUUGACAGCAAUCACGUGGAUCAAGGAGUUUGUGGAACUGGCCGGGCCCAGUAUGCUACCGUAUGCUUCAGGCAUUUUAUGUGCAGUGUUGCCUUGUCUUGCCUAUUCUGAUGAGGCCAGAAAAAAUAUACGGGAAACGGCUGCAACAGUAAAUUUUCAACUUACAAAGCUCGUAACAUCAAGCUCGCCUGAGUCUACUCCUGCUCCACAAGGUACGGAAGAAGAUGAAGCGAUUGCUGAUAAAACAUUAACAGAGAGUGAUACAAAUGAAGACCAACAAUCAAAUAACGAAGGAAAGUUGAACUUGGACGCCGUGGUGAGAGUACUUACGCAAAUGCUGCACCAUAGUUCUGUGCAUACCAAAGUUGCUGUUUUGGACUGGAUUUUACAUCUAUACAAUAAACUACCUACUGAGAUGUAUGGGCAUACGGAGGCUGUGUUCUCGCGCGUGGUGGGCAGCCUGGCGGACGCGGCCGACGACGUGUUGCGGCGCGCGCUCGCCGUGCUGGCCGAGAUCUGCUCCUGCCCCGGUGACCUAGAGUCCAGUCCUUAUUAUUAUAAAUUCCUGCAGGCGCUUCUAAAGUUGUUGGCGGCCGACGAAAAUUUAUUAGAAGACAGAGGAGCGUUUAUCAUAAGGCAACUAUGUGUGUUGUUAAACGCCGAAGACAUAUACAAGGCGCUAUCAAAGAUAUUGCUUGAGGAGAAGAAUCUCCGGUUCGCUGCGGUCAUGGUGGAUGUGUUGAAUACAAUUCUGCUCACGGCUGCGGAACUUUACGAUCUGCGGUUACAGCUACGGAAUAUGGAAAAGCCAGGCACAAUGUCGCUGUUCAGGUCGCUGUACCUGUGCUGGUGCCACAGCCCGGUGUCGCUGCUGGCGCUGUGCCUGCUCACACAUCACUACGCGCACUGUAACCGACUCAUCGCCACUUUCGGUGACUUGGAGAUCACAGUGGAUUUCUUGACAGAAGUCGAUAAAUUAGUGCAGUUGAUCGAAUCACCAAUAUUUGCGUACCUGAGACUGGAACUGCUGGGCGGUGCGCAGAGCGAGGCACUGCGCGGCGCGUUGUUCGGGCUGCUGAUGCUGCUGCCGCAGAGUGACGCUUUCCACGCGCUGCGACACCGCCUGCACGCCGCACCGCACCACCCGUACUUGUCGCGAGUGACGCCUUCCACGCGCUGCGACACCGCCUGCACGCCGCACCGCACCACCCCUACUUGCCGCGGUGCGUACACUGUACUGACACUGCAUCUGCUGGUGGUGAUGCUGCUGCCGCAGAGUGACGCCUUCCACGCGCUGCGACACCGCCUGCACGCCGCACCGCACCACCCCUACUUGCUGCGGUGCGUACACUGUACUGACACUGCAUCUGUUGGUGGUGAUGCUGCUGCCGCAGAGUGA